GCCAUGUGUGACCCCUGACCUGGCCGGACCCCAACAGGAUCCGCUCUACCUCCCGGAGAGGGGCCUGCAGCCCCAUGGCCGCCACGCACGGGAAGCUGCUGCUGCUGGCCGGCCUGUACCUGGUGCAGGGCCUGCCCUACGGACUGCAGUCCGGCCUGUUGCCCGUGCUGCUGCGGGCCCGCGGCCUGUCCCUGACGCGCGUGGGGCUGGCCAAGGUGCUGUAUGCACCGUGGCUGUUCAAGCUGGUGUGGGCGCCACUGGUGGACACCCGGGGCACGCCGAGGGACUGGCUGACCCUCAGUACAGCCGCCCUGGGCCUGGUGUGUGGGCUGCUGGCCGCCCUGCCCCCAGCUGAAGCGGGACCCACGGGACUGUGGGCCGCGCUGGCCGGCCUGCUGCUGCUGCUGCUGAACCUGGGUGCUGCCGUGCAGGACGUGGCUCUGGACACGCUGGCCGUGCAGCUCCUGGAACCAGCGGAAUUGGGGCCGGGUAACACAGUGCAGGUGGUGGCGUACAAACUGGGCUCAGUGCUGGCAGGGGGCGGCCUGCUCGCCCUGGUGCCCACUCUCUCCUGGCCACUGCUCUUUCUGUUCCUCGCUGUUACAUAUUGGCUGGCUGCUGCCCUGGCCUGGGCCGCCCCAGCCCUGCAAACACUGGCCACACUGCAGCCCAAGGACCGGCCCCUGUGCCGCCUGCGCAGCCUGCAGGAGGUGUUGGGUGUGCCCGGGACCCUGUGGAUGGCAGGCUUUGUGCUCACAUACAAGCUGGGUGAGCAAGGUGCCAGCAGCCUGUUCCCGCUGCUUCUGCUGGAUCGUGGUGUCUCUGCCCCUGAGCUGGGACUGUGGAAUGGAGUGGGUGCUGUGGCGUGCUCCAUCACUGGCUCAUCCUUGGGAGGUGCCCUGCUUGCCAGGCACUGGCAGCCGCUGUCCCUGCUGAAGUCGGUACUGAGAGUCCGUCUUGGAGGCCUGGUCUGCCAAACUGCCCUGCUCUUCCACUUGGACACACCAGGGGUCGAUCUGGGCCCUGGCACAGUGCCCAGAGAGGCAGCCUUACUGAGCCUGUGUCUGCAGCACUUCCUGGGGGGCCUGGCCACCACUGUCGCCUUCACUCUGAUGAUGCGCUGCAGCCAGCGGGCACCCAGUGUCCUGCAGGCCACACACUACAGCCUCCUGGCCACCUUGGAGCUCCUGGGGAAGCUGCUGCUGGGCGUGCUGGCCGGAGCCCUGGUUGACUGGCUGGGCCUGCAGCUCUGCUUCUCGUCCUUCCUUGCCCUCACGGUUGUGCCCCUCCUGCUCCUGGGCCUGGUGCCCUCCACCGUGGCCUGACCCGAGCUCAGCAGCUGGCCUGGUCAAUAAAGCUGGGCCUGCCAGUGCCUGCUGUCCUCAGCCUGGUGACGAUCCCUGCCAA